CUGAGGAUAAAUGUUUCAGUCGCUCGCUGACCGUCCCGGGCUUCUGGUCGCGACUAUUCUUGUGAUAUAUAUAAAUAUACAUAUAUGUUUUUUUCCUUUUCGUAAAUCCUAUUUCUAAACCACACUUUCGUCUUUCUCAUCUCUUCAAUCUUUCUAUCUAUUUCUCUUUUUCUCCCUUUCCUUUUUACUAACCACAAUAUUGCAAUUCAGUGAAAUCGGGUCAAAAAAGGACAGAAAAAAAUACAAGAGAUAAUUAAAAAAUAAUAAAGUUAAAGAAGAAAUAAACUUCCUAGGAUUCUUUAUAUAUUUGAAAAAGGUUUUUUUUGGCUGAGUUUCCAGAAGAAGUUAAAUUAAUUACCCGCAUCCAAAAGAAUCAGGAAGUAAGAGUACCAACAUAAGACACCACCAUGAUCGUGGACGACAAACAGGAAAUGAACAGUUUUUGGAUAAGUGGUGCGAUCCAUGCAAUUAAGGCCUUAUCUUACGUCUAUGACCUUCUCACAUUUCCGGUUUAUUUGAUCCUACAACGGCCAUGGGGAAAAAGAAAAGCCUCGAGGAGAAUCAAGGCGAAACCUGUGGCAAGGAGCGAGCACUCCAUCACCUACAGGAGUAUCGAUCCACCAAGAUCGAUACACAUUCACCUAGAAUCACAUAAAAUCGAUACAAUGGAGAAAAUGUUGAAAUUUGUUGCCAAUGAGCACAAAAGUAAACGGUGUCUUGGCACGAGACAAAUUUUAGCCGAGGAGGAUGAACUCCAACCGAAUGGUCGAGUUUUUAAAAAGUACAAAAUGGGUGAGUACAAAUGGAAGUCAUUUAUGGAGGUGGAAAAAUUGGCGUCGUCCUUCAGUCGUGGUUUAAGAGUACUGGGUCUAACGGCAAAGAAGAAUAUUGUAAUUUUUGCUGAAACAAGAGCCGAAUGGAUGAUCGCUGCCCACGCGUGCUUUAAACAAAAUCUCAGUGUCGUGACAAUUUACGCAACUCUUGGUGACGAUGCAAUCGCACAUGGCGUUAAUGAAACUGAAGUUGAUACCGUAAUAACUAGCCACGAAUUACUGCCAAAGGUCAAAAGGAUACUUCCACGUCUGGCGGAAGUGAAGAAUAUUAUUUAUAUGGAGGAUCAGCUUAAGCCGACUGACACUAGCGAUUUUAAGGAGGGCGUGAGACUGAUUCCAUUCCUGGAAGUUAUAAGUACUGGCAAUGCCUCAGAGGCUGAAUUGGUAUCGCCUAAAGGUGAGGACACGGCGAUAAUAAUGUACACUUCCGGUUCGACGGGUGUUCCUAAAGGAGUAUUACUCUCGCACAAAAAUAUGAUCUCAACAUUGAAGGCAUUCUGCGAUGCAAUUCAUAUUAGAGAUGAUGAUGUAUUUAUGGGUUAUUUACCGCUUGCGCACGUCUUUGAACUUCUUUCCGAGAGCGUUUGUCUUUUGACAGGAGUUCCAAUUGGUUAUAGUUCACCUCUUACGAUGAUUGAUUCGAGUAGUAAAAUACAAAGAGGCUCCAAGGGCGAUGCUUCCGUCCUUCAUCCCACUUGUCUCACUGCAGUCCCAUUAAUUCUAGAUCGAAUUUCAAAGGGUAUCAAUGAAAAGGUUAAGAAAUCCGGAGUCUUUAGACAGGCGAUUUUCAAUUUUGCUUAUGAGUAUAAAUUAAAAUGGACUAGACGCGGUUAUGAUACGCCAUUCUUUGAUAAAUAUAUUUUUGGAGCUGCCCGACAAGUUUUGGGUGGUAAAGUGAGACUCAUCUUCUCGGGAGGUGCACCUCUGAGUCCUGACACUCAUAUGCAGGUGAAACUCUGCCUUUGCGUUCAGGUUAUUCAAGGUUAUGGACUCACUGAGACGACAUCGUGUGCAACUGUCAUGGACAUGAAGGAUAGAAGUUCUGGAAGAGUCGGAGCACCAAGUACAGUGUGUGACAUCCGUUUGGUGAAUUGGGAAGAAGCCGGUUACAGAGUAACGGAUAUGCCACAUCCAAGGGGGGAAAUUCUUAUUGGAGGUGAAAAUGUGUCCGACGGUUACUAUAAAGUUCCAGACAAGACGAAAGAGGACUUUUUCCAUGAGGAUGGACGACAUUGGUUCCGCAGUGGAGACAUUGGUGAAGUUCAUCCUGACGGUUGCAUCAAAAUUAUAGAUCGUAAAAAGGAUUUAGUUAAACUUCAGUUUGGCGAAUACGUUUCACUUGGAAAAGUCGAGUCCGAAUUGAAAACCUGCCCUCUAGUGGAGAAUAUUUGUAUUUAUGGCGAUGCCAGUAAAACAUACACAGUGGCGCUUGUUGUUCCUAAUCCACGUAGUCUUGAGGAAAUGGCGAUUAAAUUAGGUAUCACGUCGACGAAUCUUGAAGAUCUUUGUAAUGAUCCAAGGAUCGAGAAGGCAGUUCUUGAGGAACUUGUCGAGCAGGCCAGGAAAUGUAAAUUACAAAGGUUCGAGAUUCCGGGUGCAGUGAAACUGUGCGCGGAACAAUGGUCACCAGACAUGGGCUUAGUGACCGCAGCCUUCAAAUUAAAACGAAAAGCCGUGGAGGAACGUUAUCAGCAUGAAAUAAGUCGCAUGUACGCCUCGUGAUGUUGCCGACCGUACGUGAAAAAAAAUUUGUGAUUUGUUGACUGAAGGAAAAAAAAGAAAGUACCAUCAUCACGACCUGAAAAAGAAAAAAAAAUUAUUAACACGGUCGUCUGCGAUCAUCAAAUAGUCAAUUGCACGUAAUUAAAAUUUGACCAUUUUGAUCGCAGUCUUAUUUGAGAACCCCAAACAGAAAAAUAAAUACUCUUGAUAUAUUUUUUCCCACACACAUAUAACGAAUUUUAAAAUCUCAAUAUGAAAUAAAGGAGGAGGGGAAAAAUGGAUUUUUUGAGACUAAAAUUUUUUUCUCAAAAAGCCUGGAACAGUUUGGUUCUCGUGUCUUCCAGCCAACUCGAGCUUUCGGGCUUUUUAUUGUCAAAAUGUUUAGAAAAAAAAAUCGUGCAUACCUCAUCAAUUAGAUCAGAAGAAGGAAAAAUUUUAAAAAUAUGCUUUUCCCCUGCGCACACGUGUAUAUAUAUAAUUGUAUAUUUAAUUAUAGAUUUAUAGAUCGAUAAAGAAAAAAACAAAAGA